AUGCAAGAAGUUAAUCUACCAUUGUUAGAGAGAGCUGAAGAGCUACUGAUGCCUUGGCCAACUUUGACGUUGUCCAUGAGACAACAACUGAAAAUUAAGGGCCACAGCUGUGGUCCAGAAACCACAAUACCUAGUGAAGCUAUAACGAUGCAUCCAGAGAUCACCACAAACUUGGAAAUCUUGGACUCCACACUUUGGGGCUGGGCUAAUUUAAAAGCAGGAAAGAGACUGAAGUUGGCUACUUUGCUUGGUGACUCCCUCAAGAGCAGGAACAGACCUGUUCUUCCUGCAAUUCUUUGGCAACUCUUAG